UCCGCCAUGAUAGGGGAUGUUGUCCCAGCUCUGCAGCAGGAGGAGGCAGCUGCUGCAGCACCCAGCAGCCUCAGCAGCAGCGUCCCUGGGGACUCCAUGGACGUGGAGUGUCCCAUCUGCUACCAGGAGUACAACCCGUACAACAAAUGCCCUCGGAUGCUGGAGUGUCUCCAUGUUUUCUGCACCGAGUGCCUCCAGAGGAUCCAGCUCUGCCCCUGUGACCCCCACGGCCCGCAGGCCGUCCCCUGCCCCCUGUGCCGCCACCUCACCCCUCUGGCGGGCGGGGACGCUCUCUCUUUACCCUGCAACUCCCGCAUCCUGUCCAGGCUGCCCCCCGCCGCCUUCCGCCUGCCCGUGAACAUGGCGGCACGCUUCGCCACCGUCACCCAGAGAGUGGUGCUCUCUCUGGAGGGCGACAGCAGGGACACCCGCUUCAUCAUCCUGCCCACCGUCAGCCUGCGGGUGCAGCAGAUGCACCCUGACAGGCUGUACGGCGCGGCGCCGGGCCUGGUGGGGGAGGAGGAGGUCAUAGAGCAGAGCAAGAAGACGCUGUUCUGUGUGCAGCUGCUUGCUGUCACCUUCUGGGUGCUGUUUGUCAUCACCUGCGUGGUCGGGGUGGUGUUCGGGCCACAUUUCAUGAACAGGAGACUUUAA